UUUAUCGUGAAGGAAUCUUUUCCCAUAUUUUCAUACGUAAUCCAAUAUAUUCUGCCUUUGGAAUUAGGAUGUAACAUUUACAUAAUGGGUAGAACCUCAAGAAAACGUCAUCAAAAGAAGAAACUAAAUAUUAAAGAAAUAACAGAAAACAAAGAAGAGAGUCUGGUGCAUCUUAAAUCUUGGUUAUUAAGAAAAAAUUGUCUAUCAGUUUAUAAUUUAGUUCCAUUUAAUUUUCCUGUUACUGGUCGAGGAUUGAAAACAUUAGAAAAUAUUAAAGCAAAUGAUAUAUUGAUUAAAAUACCAUAUAAUAUAUUAAUAACAACAUCUGUAUUAUCUCAAAGCAAUUGUUGCAGUGGAAAUGUAAUUGAUCGUGCACAGAAGAAAAAAAGUAUAUUACAAUCAAAGUCUAUUGUGCCUCCAUUGGUAAUUCCUGGAUUUACUGGAGGAAAAUCAAGUCAACAAAAGAGAGAUUGCUUUCAUCCUGGUGUAUCUAGCAUGAGUCGUGAAGGUAUUGAUUUCCAAGAAAAAGAAUCAGUUACAUCUGUAAAUAUGAUUAAAGCAAUGCUUAGAUACAUUUGGCCAAAAGAUGAUCCAGAAAUAAGGAAAAGAGUUAAAAUAGCUGUUGGUUUACUUAUCACUGCAAAAGUUUUAAAUGUUGGUGUUCCUUUUAUUUUUAAAUAUGCAAUAGAUUCUCUGAAUGCUCAUCAUAUAGCAACUACUGGCAAUGCCAUUCUAAAUCUAGAGACUGCACCAGAAACAGUUGCAACUGUAGCGACAUCAUUACUUGUAGGAUAUGGAAUAGCACGUGCUAGUGCUGCUGGAUUUAGUGAACUGCGAAAUGCAGUAUUCGCAAAAGUUGCGCAACAUUCUAUUCGAAAGAUAGCUAGAAAUGUUUUUUUACAUUUACAUAAUUUAGAUAUGGCUUUCCAUCUAAGUAGACAAACUGGAGCAUUAUCUAAAACAAUAGAUAGAGGAAGCAGAGGUAUAAAUUUUGUAUUAAGUGCCAUGGUAUUUAAUGUAAUGCCCACUGUCUUUGAGUUAUCAUUAGUUAGUACAGUACUAUAUUUCAAAUGUGGUGCAGAAUAUGCAGGUAUUGCUCUUAGUUGUGUUGGAAUUUAUGCUAUAUUUACGUUAGCUGUUACACAAUGGCGAACAAAAUUUAGAAUUUUUAUGAAUCAAGCAGAAAAUGAAGCAAGCAACAAAGCAAUAGACUCGCUUAUCAAUUAUGAAACAGUAAAGUAUUUUAAUAAUGAAAAAUUUGAAACUGAAAGAUACGACGAAUCUUUAAAAAAAUACGAAGCUGCAUCGCUUAAGACUAGUACAAGUUUAGCAAUGCUAAACUUUGGACAAAACGCUAUAUUUAGUGCUGCCUUGAGUUUAAUAAUGGUACUAGCAUCCAAUAAUAUUAUGAAUGGUACUAUGACAGUAGGAGACUUAGUAAUGGUCAAUGGACUUUUAUUUCAAUUGUCAGUUCCUUUAGGAUUCUUGGGCUCAGUAUAUCGCGAAGUUAGACAAGCACUUAUUGACAUGCAAACUAUGUUUACUUUAAUGACAAUGGAUACAGCUAUUAAGUCUAAAGAGAAUGCAGCACAAUUUAUUAUAAAUUCAACAAAUUCAAAUAUUGAAUUUAAAAAUAUUGAUUUCCAAUAUAUUGAGGGCAAACCUAUUUUUAAAGAUAUUAGUUUUACUAUUCCAAGUGGUAAAAAGAUUGCUAUUGUUGGAGGAUCCGGUUGUGGUAAGACAACAUUAGUUAGAUUGUUAUACCGAUUUUUUGAACCACAAUCUGGAGAAGUUUAUAUAAAUGGACACAAUAUUCAAGACAUUGAUUUAGAUACCUUAAGAAAGUCAAUAGCAAUUGUACCUCAGGAUACCGUUCUCUUUCAUGAAAGUAUCUUUUAUAAUCUUCAUUAUGGAAAUUUAUCUAAAUCGGAGGAAGACGUUUUCGAAGCAGCUAAAAUGGCAAAUUUACACGAUUCUAUUCUUAAAUGGCCGAAAGCAUAUGAUACACCUGUUGGAGAGCGAGGUUUAAAAUUAAGUGGAGGUGAAAAGCAACGAGUAGCAAUUGCUAGAGCAAUUUUAAAAAAUAGUCCAAUAUUAAUUUUUGAUGAAGCUACAUCAUCUUUAGAUUCUAUUACGGAAUAUAAUAUUCUUGAAGCAUUACGCAGAGCAACUACUGGCCGAACAUCUAUUGUUAUAGCACACCGUUUAUCUACCGUCAUGGAUUCGGAUGAAAUUUUUGUUGUAGACAAUGGUAGUUUGAUUGAGAGAGGAACACAUGAUUCAUUACUAGCUAUGCCAAAUUCUUUCUAUAACAAAUUGUGGGAAACACAACAUAUAGGGAUGUUCAAAUCUACUCAAGAAAAAGAUAAUAACUGUAGAACUCCAGGAGUUUGAAACAAAAAUUGUAUAAUA